AUGAGCAAGGGGUGUUCCUUCGAUGAACUCUACAGGGGUGUUAGUUUAGAUGGUGGGGUUAUUUUGAAGUGUGGGGUCUAUUUUAGAGUAAAUACGGUAUUUAUUUAUUACAGGGGAAUACACAAAAUAAAUUUGUACAACGAGUGUAAGAAAUUAUUGCAAAAUACAUACAACGCCAAAAGAAAUAUUUACCUUUUUUGGAAUUUUUUUUCCCUUGCUCGUAUGCUCAUUCGACAAUUUAUACAAAACAGUAAUCCUGACUACGUCAAUUUAUUGAAGGAGUUUAAAAAUAAGAAUCUGUAUUUUCUUGACGAUUAUGAUUCUCUUGAAGUUAAAGCUAACUUUUGGAUGAAUGAAUUUUCACAAAUGUUGAAUGUUGAACAGAUAGUGAAUGAACAUGGACUUGGGUUUACUGGUAAAUUCUUUUAUAUACUGGGGCAGGGAUUUACUAGUAAAAUCUUUUAUCUAAUGUUAGGUGGUAAUUGUCCGACCAAUAUUCUAACUAUCUUUAAAGCGACUAGGACGUUUUUUUCUUCCCCCGAUAUCUAUCCCCGUUAUCAGAUCAACAUACCUCGUUAA